AUGUUACUCCCCAAGCAAUCAUCAAAAUUUCAGCCAUGGUUCCAGUCCUACUCCUUAAUCACCAUCAUUGGCUGUAACCUGGUGCUCGGCGCCAUCGUUUUCUACUACCUAUUUCGCGCCCCAUCACUGGAUUCCCUUGACAUCCUCCGUUUCCAACAGCGUGAGCCGACCGCAUUGGAGUCAUAUCUCGACCUUCUUGGCCGGAGUGGCGAAUAUCACCCUAUAGAUGAGCUGAUUCUUGACUCUGACCGGACCUUGGACCGUCUACUCUUGGAACGGGCUACCGAUAUCAAGUCCGCCGCAGCUAAUUAUCGAGACCGUAGGGGCCGUCAUCCGCCGCCAGGCUUCGAUAAAUGGGUGGAAUACGCCUUGGCUCACGAUGCCAUCCUCGUUGAGCAAUUUUUCGAUCGUAUUGAUAAAGAUCUUCGACCAUUCUGGGCUCUGAACGCCACCAUAACAGCCUCCCAAGCGAGAGAUUGGGAACACGUCAUAAGGGUCCGGAACGGCGCUGCGAUCGGCGUUGGCGACGUCAAGGGGCGUGUUCCAUGGUUGCAGCUUUGGACAGAGCUGAUCGGCGAAGCUGCGCAGUGGCUUCCCGACGUUGACAUACCAAUCAACUAUAUGGAUGAAUCGAGAAUCAUGGCACCCUGGGACAAUAUCAACACCUUGGUACAGGUCGCAGAAAGCAACAAGUCGAUAACCCCACCUGACGAUACCCUACAGACCUACACUGGGCCCGGUCACACUGACGAAGUGCCAACUACAGAGUGGGUUCGGAAGGCUCGAUUCUGGGACCUGGCCCGGAAAGGGUGUCCACCUGGCUCUCCCGGCCGAGAUGCAGCUGCGAUCCAGGAUUUUUCUGAGCCACCACUCUUCCCGCACAACUGGAUUCCUUCUUUCUCGAAAGAUAUGUUUGUCCAAAACUACUCAGCGUCGAUGGAUCCCUGCUUUCAGCCUCACCUUCGAAGUCUGCACGGCACGUUUGUCGAGCCUGUUACUCUGUCAACUUCGCAAACGCUUAUACCCAUGUUUAGUGGGUGCAAACUUCUCACAAACAACGACAUCCUACUUCCUGGUGCCAUGUAUUUGACUAGUGAUGCCCGGUACUCUGGGGGCAAAGGUCAUGGCCCCCCAUGGAGUCAGAAAACUGGAGGUGUUAUCUGGCGUGGGGUAGGGUCAGGCGGCCGUCAUACGGAACAAAAUUGGGUACAUUUUCAGCGCCACAGACUUUUACAAAUGCUCAACGGCAGCACGGUGUCCGCCGUUGAACAUGGUGCCGUUGCUCCGACAUUUGUGAUGCCCGACCCAGGCCUUCACAAUAUUUCAAGUAGUCGAAUUGGCCAUGUGGGCGAGUGGAUUUCGGAAAUAGCAGAUGUUGGGUUCACAGAACUCCUCUGCUUUCCCCGCGGCGAGUGCAACUACUUGGCGCCCUAUUAUUCCGAAGUGGACAAGAUACCAAUGAAAAAUCAGUUCACCCAAAAAUACAUCCCUGAUGUCGAUGGCAAUAGCUUUAGCGCUCGAUUUAGAAGCCUUCUGUUAUCUACAUCACUACCACUAAAAAGCACUAUUUAUGCCGAAUGGCACGACGACCGGCUCUUCCCAUGGCUGCAUUUUGCACCACUAGACAACUCACUACAAGAUCUAUAUGCUGUCUUAGACUAUUUUACAGCUACUGAUACUGAGAAGGGUGAUGCGGCAGCCAGAUAUAUUGCUGAAUCUGGGAAGGCUUGGGCUGAAAAGGUCCUCCGGCGCGAAGACAUGUUGCUCUAUACUUGGAGGCUUGCGCUUGAAUUCGCAAGGGUGUGUGACGAAAAUAGACACCGACUGGGCUUCGUGCAAGAUAUUAUAUAA